AUUUCGUCGUUCAAAUAUUUUUUAUUCCCACAUAGAUUUCGAACUAUUUUGAUAAUAUACCUACUUUGCUUGUUAUUAAGACGUAGCCGUUGAAGGAAGAGUAAUCGGUUCAUACUUCCAGCAAAACCUGACGAGUACCAACUUGUAGUUUACUUGGCAACUCUCCGAUUGAGUGAAAUCUUAUUAGCAAAUGCAGCAUUUCCUCGGCCAGCUACAAGCGAACUAUUAACCUGAUACUAAAUUCACGCUAUUGCGACGGCCAAUACUGGCGCGAGCUAUUCAGUGAAUACCGUGAGUCGAGAAUGUGUCAAUUGAGAAUGUGUCGUUUUUGAGUGCGCAUCACAUGGCGAGUACGAAUAUUUAGAAAAUAUCUGCUAGUAAAUUUGCUGCUGCAGCACAAUUGUACCUCAAGAAUCAAGAAAAAGCAAAACGCAGAUAAAAAAAAAAAAAUAAAUCUCAAAAUAUCUACUACCUCUUCAUGGAUCUGACGAACUUCAGUGACGAGUGCAGCAGUUGUUGUUAGUGCGGCAUUCGAUGCAUUCCCUCACCUUUACUACCAACUGAAAUACGUUCAUACAUACUUACAUAUAUCAUACAAUUUGUAGUUGCCAUCAAAGUUCAAAUCACUGCAUCAGCAGCGUAGUAUUCGCUUUUCAUUUACGGCCUAAAAAGUUCAACCAAUAAAAAUUUCAACCAAAUGUCCUUAUUUCGACAAUUUUUUGGUUCAACCUCAAACUCAUGGAUACGCGCCCUCAUUAUCUUCGUACUCACCUGGGCGCUGCUCGUUUACGUCUUUGUCAAUAAGCUGAGUACGCAAUCGAAUACGGAUUUGGAUACGAUUACAGCGAAACGCAUCAAUCAGGCGCUACAGCUGCUCGAAUACUCAAAGCAACGGAAUGAGGAAUUGCGGCAGAUGAUCGAGAAGUUAUCGAGCGACCAAAUCGACAAACAAUCAGCACAGCGUCUUAUUGAAAAGUUGGAAUUCAAUUUGCAAAAUUCCAUAAAUAUACAAAAUCAAGAUGCAGCUUUGGGCGAUUUUAUGGACGCCGGCGAUGGUGAUGCCAGAGACCCUUUCGGCGGUAUGCAGGCUUCAAAUGCGGGCGCUUACCGAGCUGCUGGCAGCGCACAUGAGCCCAGCCUGGAGUAUGAGCUGUUGCGCCGUCGCAUACAGUCGAAUAUCGGUGAGAUUUGGAACUACUUUAGCAGCGAGUUAGGCAAGCUGCGAAAGCGCGCUACGCCAACGCAGACCGAAUUGGCGCAAGACAUCAUUCAGGUGUUGCAGAUGGGUGCCGAACACAAGCGCUCGCUUUUGAGCGACAUGGAACGUCUGCGGCAGGUGGAUGGCUAUGAAGUGUGGCGCCAGCAGGAGGCGAGCGAUUUGAGUGAUUUGAUGCAGCGUCGGCUGCACUACUUGCAGAAUCCCAAGGAUUGUGCCAAUGCGCGCAAGUUGGUGUGUAAACUGAAUAAGGGCUGUGGUUACGGUUGUCAGCUGCACCAUGUGGUCUAUUGCUUCAUUGUAGCCUAUGCAACGGAGCGCACUAUGAUAUUGAAGUCACGCGGCUGGCGCUACCACAAAGGCGGUUGGGAGGAGGUUUUCCUACCUGUAUCGGAGACCUGCCUAGAGGCGGAUGCAGCGCACGCGAGCAACUGGCCAGGGCGGCAUGAUAUGCCGGUAUUGGUGCUGCCCAUAAUUGAUUCGCUGAUGCCGCGUCCUCCAUUCUUGCCGCUCGCCAUACCUGAGGACUUGGCACAGCGGCUUAAGCGCUUGCACGGCGAUCCGAUUGUCUGGUGGAUCGGACAGUUUCUGAAAUACUUGCUGCGCCCGCAAAAAGGCACGCUGGAGUUCCUGGAUUCGGGGCGUGGGAAAUUGGGCUGGAAGAAGCCUAUUGUGGGCGUUCAUGUGCGUCGCACCGACAAAGUCGGUACCGAGGCUGCAUUCCAUCGCAUUGAGGAGUACAUGACACACGUUGAAGACUACUUCCUCACAUUGGAGAUUAAUGGCACUGGGGUACCACGCCGCAUCUUCCUCGCUUCCGACGAUGCGCGCGUCAUCGAGGAGGCACGCAGUAAAUACCCCGAUUAUGAGAUUAUCGGCGAUCCGGAGGUGGCGCGCAUGGCCGCCGUCUCGACGCGCUACACCGACACUGCGCUCAACGGCAUUAUACUCGACAUACACCUUCUGUCACUGUCCGACUAUCUGGUGUGCACAUUUAGUUCGCAGGUCUGCCGCAUGGCCUACGAAAUAAUGCAAACUCUAUAUCCGGAUGCGGCGCAUCGCUUUAAAUCGCUGGACGAUAUCUACUACUAUGGUGGCCAGAACUCGCACAAUCGACAAGUCGUGAUCGGCCACUCGGCGCGCAAUCACGAUGAAAUCCACAUGAGACCGGGCGAUUUGGUAGGCGUGGCUGGCAAUCACUGGGACGGCUACUCGAAAGGCAAGAAUACGCGCACAAAUCAAGUGGGACUCUUCCCCUCGUUCAAGGUGAUCGACAAGGUGGAGACCAUUAAGCUGCCACUCUACGAGCAGGUGCAGCAAGGUCGGGUGUGAAUGUGGACGGAGCGCGUUGCGCACACAAUGCUGUGAGCGUUGCGUUGCUGCCAUCAAAUGCGUAUAAAUAUAUUGUUUGUAUGUGUGUAUGUAUGUAUUUUUAGUUUAAUUUGGUAAACAUAAAUUUUUAGUGCUGUGCAAUAAUAUUCUGCUAGAUGCUAGAUUUUAGUCAAUAACUGUAAGCACAACAUGAAACUUCAUGUAAAGUAAUAUAUACGUAUGUGAAUAUAUAUUUUUAUAUGAUAUUUGGUAGCGUAGCCAAGUGUAGGCAAACGCUGACUUUUGAGUUUUUUGUUUUAUAUGUUUUUUUAAUUUAUUUUUUUACCGAUAGAAAGCUGCACAAAUCGCUUUGGAUUACAGUUUUGUACCGCAUUUUUAUGGCAAAUCACUUUCUCUUUAUUUUUGAUGUCGUUUAAAAUCGAAUAAAUUAGUUAUUAGGUAGUUAUAAGCACCUACGAGUAAAAAUUAUUGACAUAACAAAUUA